GCGGCGGCCCGGGACACACCGGAAGGAGCCGGGGCUGCUGCGGGAAGUGGCCGGUGUGGGAGGCGGGGACCUUGCGGCGCUGUGGAUCAGCUCUUUCGGCUCUUCGGGUGGCGGCGCCCCGGCUUUCCACGGGCCUGGGGGGCAAGAGCGGGGCAGCUGGCUGGGAGCACGGCCUCUGGCCAUCCCUGGGCGCGCUGGCGGAGCCCGUGGCGACGGCGCUGGAGGUAUUACCUCAUUUGGAAAGCCUUGGGAAACAUGAAAAAGUUUUGAACAAAAUGUCAACUUUUCGAAAUCACUGUCCACAUUUGGAUUCAGUUGGUGAAAUAACAAAAGAAGAUUUAAUACAAAAAUCUCAUGGCACUUGUCAAGAUUGUAAAGUCAGAGGACCAAAUCUUUGGGCAUGCCUGGAGGAUAGAUGUUCUUAUGUUGGCUGUGGAGAGUCACAAGUAGAUCAUAGCACCAUACAUUCUCAGGAGACAAAGCAUUAUCUAACUGUGAACCUUACCACUCUUCGAGUAUGGUGUUAUGCUUGCAGCAAGGAAGUAUUUUUGGAGAGGAAAUUAGGAACUCAACCUUCAUUGCCUUCUGUAAGACAGCUACACCAAACACAAGAAAACAGUGUUCAGGAUUUUAAAAUACCCAGUAACACAACAUUAAAAACUCCUCUGGUUGCUGUAUUUGAUGAUCUGGACAUAGAAGUUGAAGAAGAUGAACGGAAAGCAAGAGGUCUUACAGGUUUGAAGAAUAUUGGAAAUACUUGUUACAUGAAUGCAGCUUUGCAGGCUCUUUCUAAUUGCCCACCUUUGACACAGUUCUUUCUUGAUUGUGGAGGACUAGCUCGAACAGAUAAGAAACCAGCCAUUUGUAAAAGUUAUCUCAAGUUGAUGUCAGAAUUAUGGCACAAAAGCAGGCCUGGAUCUGUUGUGCCCACUAAUCUGUUCCAAGGAAUCAAAACUGUAAAUCCAACAUUUAGAGGAUAUUCACAGCAGGAUGCUCAAGAAUUCCUUCGAUGUUUAAUGGAUCUUCUCCAUGAAGAAUUGAAGGAGCAGAUCAUGGAAAUAGAGGAUGAUUCUCAAACUAUAAAUACUGAGGAGACCAUGGAAGAAGAUAAGAGCCAGUCAGAUUUGGAUUUUCAGUCCUGUGAAUCUUGUAGCAGCAGUGAUAAAGCAGAAAAUGAAAAUGGUUCUAGAGGCUUUUCUGAAGAUAAUAAUGAAACAACAAUGUUGAUUCAGGAUGAUGAUAACAACUCAGAAAUUUCAAAGGAUUGGCAAAAAGAGAAGAUGUACAAUAAGAUUAAUAAAAUGAAUUCUGAAGGGGAAUUAGAUAAAGAUAGAGACUCUGUGUCUGAAACAGUCGAUCUGAACCAGGAAACUGUCAAAGUGCAAAUACACAGCCGAGUUUCAGAAUGCAUUACUGAUGUCCAUCUGAAUGACCUGUCUACACCACAGAUCCCAUCAAAUGAAAGUGUUAAUCCACGUUUAUCAGCAAGCCCUCCUAAAUCUGGCAAUUUGUGGCCUGGUUUGGCACCCACACACAAAAAAGCUCAAUCUGCCUCAUCUCCAAAGAGGAAAAAACAGCAUAAGAAAUACCGAAGUGUCAUAUCAGACAUCUUUGAUGGAACAAUUAUUAGUUCAGUACAGUGUUUGACUUGUGACAGGGUAUCUGUAACCCUGGAGACCUUUCAAGAUCUGUCCUUGCCAAUCCCUGGCAAGGAAGACCUUGCUAAGCUGCAUUCCUCAAGUCAUCCAACUUCCAUAGUCAAAGCAGGAUCAUGUGGGGAGGCGUAUGCUCCACAAGGCUGGAUAGCGUUUUUCAUGGAAUAUGUGAAAAGGUUUGUUGUCUCAUGUGUCCCUAGCUGGUUUUGGGGUCCAAUAGUAACCUUGCAAGAUUGUCUUGCUGCUUUCUUCGCCAGAGAUGAAUUAAAAGGUGACAAUAUGUACAGUUGUGAGAAAUGCAAAAAGUUGAGGAAUGGAGUAAAGUUUUGUAAAGUACAAAAAUUUCCUGAGAUUUUAUGCAUCCACCUUAAAAGAUUCAGACAUGAACUGAUGUUUUCCACCAAAAUCAGUACUCAUGUUUCAUUUCCACUGGAGGGUUUGGAUCUCCAGCCGUUUCUUGCUAAAGAUAGUCCAGCUCAGAUUGUUACUUAUGAUCUUUUGUCAGUGAUUUGUCAUCAUGGAACUGCAAGCAGUGGGCAUUAUAUUGCCUAUUGUCGAAACAAUUUAAAUAAGCUAUGGUAUGAAUUUGAUGAUCAAAGUGUCACUGAAGUUUCAGAAUCUACUGUACAAGGUGCAGAGGCUUAUGUUCUUUUCUACAGGAAGAGCAGUGAAGAAGCACAGAAAGAGAGGCGAAGGAUAUCCAAUUUGUUGAACAUGAUGGAACCAAGUCUCCUUCAGUUUUAUAUUUCUCGACAGUGGCUAAAUAAAUUUAAGACCUUUGCUGAACCUGGCCCUAUUUCAAAUAAUGAUUUUCUCUGUAUUCAUGGAGGUGUUCCUCCACGAAAAGCUAGUUAUAUUGAAGACUUGGUAUUGAUGCUGCCUCAGAACAUUUGGGAUAACCUAUAUAGCAGAUAUGGAGGAGGACCAGCUGUCAACCAUCUGUAUAUUUGUCACACAUGUCAAAUUGAGGCAGAGAAAAUUGAAAAAAGAAGAAAAACUGAAUUAGAAAUUUUUAUUCGGCUCAACAGAGCAUUCCAAGAAGAAGACUCUCCUGCUACUUUUUAUUGCAUCAGUAUGCAGUGGUUUAGAGAGUGGGAGAGUUUUGUGAAGGGUAAAGAUGGAGAUCCUCCAGGUCCUAUUGACAAUACUAAAAUCGCAGUCACUAAAUGUGGCAAUGUGAUGCUCAGGCAAGGAGCAGAUUCUGGUCAGAUUUCUGAAGAAACAUGGAAUUUCCUACAGUCAAUAUAUGGUGGAGGGCCUGAAGUGAUCCUCCGUCCUCCUGUUGUUCAUGUUGACCCAGAUAUACUACAAGCUGAAGAAAAAAUUGAAGUAGAAACUCGGUCAUUGUAAUUUUGAAGAUACAGAGUUCUAAUGAUAAAUUGUUUUCACAUCCCAUGACAUAUACACAUGCAAAAACAUUCCAAAAAGCACGUUUAUUGUCUUGAUUUUCUAAUCUUUUAUCUCAUUUCUUGUUACUGGGCAUUAUCAAAGAAUGUGUUAAAAUGUAUAAAGUACUAUAAUAUAUAGGUUGCUAUAUUUAAUGUUAAAUAACCAUAAACUCGGUGUAAUAUUUUUGAAAGGGAUACCUGUGAUCACUUGGUAAUCAGUAGCUUAUUUUUGAUCUUUAUACUACAUGCAAAUCCAUAGUAUUCUUUGUAGUGUUGUAAAUAUUUUUGCUUUGAAAACUUUUUCAUUAACCUGAACUAUCAUAACUCUGACCAAUAUUUUCACUUCUAAAAAUCUUAAUUUAAUUGUACAGUUUUGACAUGGCUUCAUAUAAUAACAAGCCUAUUUUAAAUUAAGAGUUGUAGUCAGAAAAAUGUUAAUUUAUUAAAGCUCAGGAAACAUUAGGAUGUCACUUAUUUUGCACUGCAGCAUAUAAACUAGCAUUAGUAUUUACAAAAUGUCUUUUUGAAUGUAUCAAGGAUGUAUUUAGUUUGAAUUUUGUGUCAGCAAAUAUAACUUAUUGCCUCUUAUAAUGUAAAAUGUUGAACUUCAAUUCCUAUAACCUGAAAUGUAUUCAUUAAUAUCAGUAAAUGACUUAGAGAUAGUAAUUAGGGCACUUUUUAUUUUGAGAGCAUGAAGUAUGGAAUGUGUCAAUGAAAUUGUUGAUAAAGCUGCAACCACUUGCAAAUGAUUCUUUUAAUUGAUGAAUAGUUUUUUUAAAUAUAAUUUUCCCUGCUACUUGCUAUGUGAUGUCAAAAAUUUAAUUAUAUUCUAAGUACAGAACCAAAUUGGAUUACUUUUGAGAAUGUUGAGAAGCAUUCAUGAUUGCUUUGUUUUGGUUUGAGGCAGCUGCCACAGCUAAAACAGUUAAAAUUAGUUGAAUAAAAUGAUUUUAAAAUGUAGAAGUUGGAUAUUUGAUUUAUUUGUUAGAUAUUAAAGGUAGAGGGUUUGUAGCUGGAGAGAUAGCAUAGUGGAUAGGGUGCUUUCCUUGGCUGUGGCCAACCCAGGUUCAAUCCCUAGCAUUUUAUCUGGUUCCUUGAGCACUGCCAGGAGUAUUCCUGAGAGCACAGGCAGGAGUAACCGAGCACAGCGAGGUAUGGCUCAAAAGUUUGUUAAUAAUGUCUCUCCAUUAUUAAUUUGAAGUAGAGAAAAUAAUUUGUUUGAUGCAGUAAAACUUAGAUGUUUAAUAAAAUGAUAAGCUUAUUAAUGAGCUACUUAGGUUUAUCUAAAUUUAAGUAUAUAUUUUUAUAUAUGAAAUAUAAAUUGUGUCUGAAAGAGAUAGGGUUCAUAUCUUGGCACGUGUAAGGCUCUGAGAUCAAUUUCCCAGCACCACAUGAUCCCCUAACCACUGAGAAUCCUUAGGUGUUCCCCUGCUGGCCUCUAGCACAUUAGGCCUACGUAACACUGCAUCACAGAGCUGAAAACCCAACCUAUAGGCCCACACAAACAGGCUGAAGUAGCUGGGAGUAGCCCCUGGACCUUAAGCACAGCUGGAAAGGACCCCCUCACUGCCAAGUGGAACUGUCAGGAAUUCCCCAGUUCAUGAUCUCCAGUGCACUGCAACCAAGUAGGACCCCAGAUAUUGCAACAAGGAUAUUAAAGAGAUGGGCAGAGGAAGAUACCUAGCACCUAUCCUAUGUAUAUUACAUAUAGAGUCUUCAUAGGAAGAUACAUAGAGUAUCUUGUUUUCCUCUGAGUUCUGUUUCCCCACCAAUUACUUUAAAAAGGGGUUUUCAAGACUUUCCUCAUUGCUUUGUUUGUUUUUUGGGUCAUACCCGGCUAUGCACAGGGGUUACUCCUGGCUUUGCACUCAGGAAUUACUCCUGGCGGUGCUUGGGGGACCAUAUGGGAUGCUGGGAAUCAAACCCGGGUUUGCCGCGUGCAAGGCAAACGCCCUAUCCGCUGUAUUAUCGUUCCAGCCCUUCACUGCAUUUUUUGAGGGGGGGUCAGAGGGAAACUGAGAUGUGCUCAAGACUUACUCCUGACUCUGCUCAGGGAUCCUUCUUGUCAGUGCUCAAGGAACCCCAUCCUUUUAAUUUUUUUUUUAAAGAUUUGCAAAUAAGACUGCCUAUCUGGUGCCAAGGACUGAACCCACCUCCGCCUUGUGUGUGCAAGGCAAGUAAGUACACUAUCCAGCCCAGUGUGUUAAUUUUUCCAAGAAAAAGGAAACUCCUCUUUGUCUUAGACGAUUAAAGAUUUAUAUAAGGUGGUAUAUACUAGACACUGAAUUUUGGUUUCUUUUGCUUUGCUUUGUGGGGUCACAUCUAGUAGUAAUCAGGGCUUCUGACUCUUUACUCAGGGAUCAGUCCCAGGGGGCUCAGGGACCUUAAGGGAUGCUGCGGAUGGAACCCGGGUUGACCAUGUGCCAGGCAACUACCCUACUGGCUGUACCUCUCCAGCCUUAUGUGCUUUGUUUCUGAAGGGAAUUGGAGAUAAUACAUUUGAGUGCCAGUAUGUGUCUCCAAGUUGUUUUAAGUCUGGGCCAGAAUUAUCUCUGGUUUUUCUGCUGGGUCAGGAUUACCUCUGGUUUUAUUUCUAGAUGGGAACUCAAAGAGUGCUGGGGCCAGGCUCUCAGCACUGCAGGGUAGAAGCAGACCUGCUGUCCUUCCUUGCUACUGACUUCUUUUUAAGUGUUUAAUGAAUUUCUUUUCACACAUUAUAGACUUGUCCAUUGGCUCACUGGUAUUCACAUUCUGGGAAGCAAACCAUCCUACAGAUGCUUGGUUUGUAUUUAGUCUGCUGGUGUGUUUAAUUCCAAAAGUGAUUUUUAAAGCCAAUGUUUUAAAAUUUUAUUUUUGGGCCUACACUAGCUGUGCUCUUUUAGACCUGGCUCUGUGCUCAGGACAUAAUCUUGGCAGUGGGGGACCAUAUGUAGUGCUAGGGAUUGAACUUUGGUCAGCUGCGUGCAAAGCAAAUGCUUUACUUGCACUACUCUCUCCAGCUUACCUAAUUUUUUUUUUUUUUAAUGCUGUAAUAAGUGUAAGGUUUGCUAUGGACCAAAUGGCAGCCUGCUGAUGAGAUAGCGACAUUCUGGGAAUCAAAGAGCACCUAGGAAGAUAGGGUUUAAGGCCCAUCUGGUAGCCUCCAGGCUACAUUCCAUGCUUCCUUACCAAGCAUAGCACUCCCACUAGUCUUUGUUCUCUUUCCUGCCCAAGACAACUUAAAAUCCUGCUUAGCUUUUCCCAGGGCAGAACUACCCCAACCUCACCAGACGGCUGCUUGGGAGUGUGCCCUAAUAAACUAUUUCUUCACUUUA